CGUGAGCUUACUGCGCAGGCGUGUAACCUGGUUUGUCUGCUGGCCUUUCUUGAUCCCACAGCAGAUCCCCUUUAGACUGGAGUCGUUAAGGUCCAAAAGGUUGGACUUCUGACGUGAUGACGCGUCUUUGUCCACUUUCUUGUCUCUUGGUGUCCAUGUUUUUACUUCUUUGACACAGCGUGACCCACUGCUUGCUGUUUGCGUGUUUUUGUCGUUGGGGCAAACGAAACAAAAUGUAAAAAAUCAACUUAAUUGGUCGCAUAAUGGUGGACUGAGGACUGAACUUAACUCGACUGCAGGUAAAACAAAGUCUUGUGCAAAGCUGUUGUCCUCUGGGUGAUGUUCCCAUUUAUUGCAACAGAAACACAACGUCACCAUCAAAGUUGAUGUGAAACUGAAGCUCAGAAGCACUGGCUGUCCUCUGGAGGUCGCUAAGAGCUGUUGUGUUCCUCACCACCAUCUAACUCACACUGAUUCAUACCUUAUUCACUCACCUGCUGCUGGGUGGGUUACCAGUUAAACCGAAACAGAAACAUACUGCACCCUUGUGGUCAAAUAAGGUAUUUGCACAAAACCUCAAUGAAGAAUGGCUCCUACAAACACAAACGGACACCAAUGGAAACUUUGACGGCUGAGUUGUGCUUUACGCAAUACACAACACACACAAACAAUAACUAACUGAAUAGCAGUGGUUAAUAACAUACUGAAACUGAAUUACUAAGAAGUUGAGUAUUGAAAGUAAGCAGUCCAGAAAAUGAGAGAAGAACACAGCAAAUCGUAAAACCAAUUCAAAUAAAUGAACGGACAGACAAAUAAAUGAAUGGAAUCCAGUUGAAGUCCACACUGAAAGGAGGAUCUUCUGGUGGCCAAACACCAAAAGGACACCUCACUGUGGCCUUUUGUUCUGACUGGGUUUAAUUAAAAGGCCGCUUCAGCAAGACCUGAGGGUUCUUCAUAACAUAAGUCCAAUCAAAGUGCAACCAGGACCGUGAAGAGCUUCGUAAACCAGUUUCGGCAUGUAAGUCUGGUUGAACGGGGGACAGGAAGUUGGAGGCAAACCCUGCUGAUCUGAGUCAGCAGUUGUGCUCUAAUGCUGACGACGCCGACUUCCAAGGAGGGCAAACAGUUUGUGUCCUUUAAAAUGUUCCUGUCUCUGCUGAGACAUCUGGAGCUGGCACUGUCCUCCAGAGAAGGUAAGGGACCUCUGAUGAUUCUCUCAGCCGUUCUUAUUGUCCUCUGAAGUGUCUUCUUGUCUGCAGCAGAGCAGCCAGCAUACCACACAGUGAUGCAGGCUGCCAGCACCCUCUCCAUGGUGGAGCGGUCGAAGGUCAGCAGCAGUGUAGUCUCUGCUGGGACACAACCGGCUGGUGUUGUCUGUCCAGGACCAAUCUUGGGAGGGUGGGUCCUGUUUGUCCUGAAGUCCAGCACCAUUUCUUCAGUUUUCUUGGUGUUAAGGGACAGGCACCUGUGCACCGCUUGGACAGGGUCCUCGCCUCAUCCCUGUCAUCGCCUGCGGAGAUCAGGCCGCCCACAGUGGUGUCAUCAGCAGGUCUGAUGGUGGUGUUGGAGGAGUGGAUGGGAGUGCAGUCGUGGGUGUACCGGGAAUAGAGGAGUGGGCCCAGAACUCAGCCCUGUGUGGGGGGCCAGUGCUGAGCGUGAAGGUGGAGGAGCAGCGAGGACCAGUCCUCGCAUUGUGGGCGGUUUGUGAGAAAGUUCGUAAUCCAGGCACAGGUGGGGGGUGCAGGUGUAGCAGUUUGUCCACGAGCAUCUCUGUGAUUGAAUGCUGAACUGUAAUCCACGAGCAGCGCUGUGACGUAGUUAGGAUACCUUUUGGGGUCAGCUUCAGCGGAUUUCGGCUGACGGAAACUGUGUCCAGUCUCACCUGAACACCUGAACACCUGCAGCACCUGCAGCACCUGCAGCACGAAUCACGAGCUUCAUCAGCGUGCAGCCAUGAAAACUGUUUUGUUUCUCUGUACUUUACAAUUCACUGUAACGAUUACGGAAAUACGAGACAAACCAGACGAGACAGAGACAACAACGCGUCUUCCGGGAGAAGGAGGGCCUCGAGUCAUGUGUCCGACUGAGCAAGUCAGGGCAACAGAGGGUGAGAACGCAACUCUUCCUUGUCAUCUGGAUCAAUGGAUCGACUUGUCUAAAGGCGCAGAAUGGAGCAAACUCGACCCCAAGGAAACCGUCCACGUCUAUCGAUCCAAAGGCAAAGCUCUUGGUCCACAGAGUCCACAAUACAAAGACAGGACGACUCUGAACCACGAGGGCCUGAAGACAGGAAACCUGGCGCUGCACAUCUCCUCAGUGAAGCAGUCUGACAACGGGACGUACAGAUGUUUAAUCCUAGAGGGGAAAAAGUCCUGUACUGUUGACCUUCUCAUCGAAACACCAAGUCAGUUGGGUGAGACAAAUACAACAACAUCUGCUUCAGCAGAAGACGGUCGGAACCACCGGGCUGCCAUUGCUGUUAGCAUCUUCAUUGCUGUCGCCCCCGUCCUCCUCCUCCUCCUCCUCCUCGUCCUUGUUCUUCUGGUACGGAACAGAGCAAAAAUCUGGGAUCGUGUGAAGAGGGUCUGCAGAAGGAAGAAACCAGAAGCAGAGACGGAUGGAUCUGCUUCUGAAAUGAAGAAGCUGAACAGAGCAGCUGAGGGGGACGAGGACCACGACAGGCAGGAAGAAAACGGAGACGUCGUCUGAGGGGUGAAGUGAUGGUCGACAGUCAGCUGCAGGACACGCCGCCUCCACCUGUUUGUGUGUUGACUGGGCCGACAACCAUUAAACCUCCACACGCAUCUGCUGGACCUCAGACACCAAACAACAUGAAAGCUGCUGCUCAUCAUUCAGCGUUAAUCUGGACAAUCCAACUCCCACCUGCACUACAUGUAAAUACUGCACAUUGUCACAUUUUUAAUUUCAUUAUUUUUAUAAGGUUUCUAUUU